AUUCCCGUCCGCAGCUCAAGACGCCAUCUUGCGCUGGAUGCAGCGUGUUCCGGUGCCCUGCCCCAUAUUACCAGGCGCGUAGAUAGAACGCACCCCAGCGGCUAGUUCUGAUGCUCCACCAUGGAGACGAUCCCCGACGCCACCGAACAGGACGUGCGAAGCAUGCCAGAUGUACUCUUCACCUUGUGCAAGUGGGCGGUCGACCACGCCGAGGUGAGAGCUUACUGCCGGAAAUUGGCCAUUCUGUUCGUGGCGGACGGCAAAGCAGUGGCAGCUAUGGCGAGUCCAGAAUAUCUUGCCGCAUGCAAAGCAUUACCAAGGUGCAGGACAGACCACGGCAUGAGCACAGCGGCCAUCGGCCUCCUGAAGGAGUUCUGGGCGACGUGGGAUCAUAGCGCCCCGUUCGAGAGCGCGGGCAGCAACGAGAAGGGCUUCGUGGUCAAGAUGCCCCCGCACCUCGCCUCCAGCAGCGCCGACGCCGCCGCGGCUGCAGGUGCGCCCGUGCCGGCGGGUGCCCAGGUCGGUCCUGCCGGCAACGACGCCGUGGCCACGAGCGGCACGAGAGGCGGCCCGCGGGCGCCGCCGCCCGCGCGGGCCGCGGCGGGGCCGCCCGAGGAGGAUGGUCGGCGGCGUGCGGCUGAAGAGGCGCGCCGCAAGGAGAGGGAGGAGGAGGAGGAGGAGGAGAGGCGGCGUCGGCGGCGCGAAGAAGAGGAGGCGCGCCGCAAGGUGCAGGAGGAGGCGGCGAGGCAGGAGGCGGCGAGGCACGCUGCGAGGACGCAGGAGGUACUCCUCGCCAAGCCUGCGAUCGCAGCCUCUGCUGCACAGGCAGCAACAGCCGCACCAGCCGCAGUACCAGCAGCAGCAGCACCAGCAGCAGCUCCAGCAGCAGCUCCAGCAGCAACCCCAGUGGCCGCUGCUCGCGAUGCUGCGGCCGCGGCAGCGACGGCGGCAGCCGCAGCAGAAGCAGCGGCCGCGGCUGCCGCUGCUCGGGUCGGAGUCCCAGCCACGGGAGGGUCCGCUCGACCAGUUGGGCGCGUGGCGGCCAAGAUGGCCGUGCGCACGGGAUUGAGGUGCGCCUGCUGCUUCAAGCUGACUUGCGGCAAAGCUGGACCCCCCGUCCCAGCGCCGGGGCCAACGCCGCCGCCAGCGAAGCCAGUGCAGGCGCCGCCGGCCAAGCCAGCGCAGGCGACCGUGCAGCGCCAGGAGAGGGAGAUGGUGCCGUUGGCAGAUUUGUUGCAGAUGCUGCAGAUGGACUCCGUGGACCCCUCCGCGGAGGUGCUGCUCUUCCACGGGCGGCAGCCAGAGGCGCGCAACGCCCAGCGGCUGCACGGCGUCUACAGGAAGGAGGAGGAGCCGCUCAAUGGGCGCCCAGUGUGGCAGAAGGUGGCCUCGGACAAGCCCACGAUCUUGUGCUACAGCGAAAAACUCGGCAUGUGGCGCGUCACGAUCUCCCGUGACGCAAAGGGUGAUUUCGCGCGCGUCAAGGGGUCCGCACCGAAGCCAUGGGAGCUGCAAGCGGCUUGGCGCGUCUUUGACACUGGCGAUGCCUACAAGGAGGACCCGAGCUUGCGCUUGCUGCUCCUCGACAGCGCGUCCCUGCCGGCACUGCAGCUGGAAGUGCCAAUCCAGCUGGGCCCUGCAGCCUCUUCCAGGAAGGGCGACGCAGCAACUCGCCCGCAACCUGGCCCUCCGCCCAGCCACGCAGCCGCCACCGGCGAAGGCAGCUCCUCCGCCGCUCCCCCGGGCGGCCCAGGGCCCGCCGGCACCGGCAACCGGAAGCGGCGCGCCGGUCCCGACGGCCCCGCGGCAGCCAGCGACGGCACCGGCGCGGCAGAGGAAGAGGCAUCCCCAGACCCCGCAGCCAAGCGGCCGCGCAGCGAAUUGGCAUCGAUGGCCAGCCUUGCCAAGGUUCAGAAAGACAACUGAUUAUCCGGUGGGGAGGCUGGGGUUGGGAGAGAUGAUCAGAUCGUCCGUGUAAUCGCGCAUGUUGAGCGUGCUCAUUACACAGUCAUGCCUCGUACCUUCCCAACCCCAUCUUCCCGACUCGGGAACUGUCUUUCUGGAAGGUUGACCCUGCCAUCGCGCAUGUGUUACCUGAAGAUACACCUGCCGAUCACGUGUCUCACAGUAGGGUCCGCUUCGAUUUCAGAUCCAGCACGGCUCGGUACACCGGGAUACACGACGGUGUCCGGAUCUCGUUCCAGGUCGGCUUCAACCAGACGGGCUGCCAAGAGGC